ACUACUCCUAUAUUAAAUCCAGUCCUUGACCCCCACACCCAACUCCACCAUCUAAAAUACUACGUAGUACCAUUUAAAGUAGUGUACAUAUUCAAAGUCCCUUUCUUCUUCUUCAUUCUCUCCUAUAUAUAUAUCCUUUAACUUGUUUCCAACUUCCGUUCUUGACUCAUUAAUUAAUACAGUAUAUUCUUUUCAUUGAACCUUCUUCAGAGAUCCAUUCUUUACCAACUUUUGAUCUGUAGUAGUAUCUGUGGCUGAAGUUGAAUAAAGAUGAGAAGAAACUGUAACUUGGAACUAAGGCUUGUCCCUCCUUGUGUUUCUUUUUCUCCUAAAGAUUGCACUACGACCCCUUACUUCUCCAUGAGGAAUAACCAGAGCACAGAAGAGAAGCAACAGCUAACAAUAUUUUACAAUGGGAAAGUUGUGGUUUCUGAUGCUACAGAGCUUCAG